AUGAAGAUGGCGCUCUACGCGUCGCCAAACUGCCUGCAGCCCCAGUACACUACCGCGGCCGGCGACAAGUUCGGCUGGGCCAACGGCGCGGAGUCCCGCUGCAUGCCUGUCACAUGGCUCUUCAACAAUUACGACUACCAGUUCCCCGAUUCGACGUUCAAGGCCGGCUGGCAGGACGCGGUCUGCUACCCUUCAAGCUGCAACGACCAGGGUGUCCUGCAGCUGAAGAUGCUGGGCCAGACGGUCGACUGCCCCACAGGCAAGACUGUGGAUCUGUCCCAGGCCCUGCCGUCCAAGUUCAAGCAGGGCUCCAUCGGGCCCUGCCCCGACAACGCCGCGACCUGCGCGAGCCUCGCAUGCGGGCCCAGCUGCGCCGUUGGCGGCGUGUGCGUCAGCGGCAAGUGCCACUGCAACCUGCAGUACAUUGCGCGGCACACCGCCGCCUAG